GGCGCCCGAGGGAGGCCUCGACAUUCAUCCCGGAGCCCAGGGCAGAGACCCUGGACCCAACCGGACAGACCCCGGGCACCCCCUCCGGGGAGAGCCCACCACGAGCGGGACGCGAGCUGGACAGAGACCCCCAGCCCUCGGGGUCCCAGAAGACCCCCACAUUGCAUCCCGUGGCGUGGAGACCCCAGGCCUGCUAAUCUUCCGGGGGGCCUGGGACAGGGGGAGACGUCUCACCCGUUAGGCGAUCCCAGAGUUCACAGAGAGAGACCCCCAGAGAUCCAGGCUGGCAUCUUAGCCUCGGGAGACCCCCAGACUCCAAAGAAUCUGGAGGAGACCCCUGGGAGACAGUGUAGACUCUGACUCCCCUCCCCCUGCAAUAGACAGAGCCCUAGACCCUGACUGGCAUCUUAGCUCGGGGUCACCCCCAGGUCCCCCAGAACUAGAAGAGGCCUCAGGGAGUCAGUGCAGACAGCUGCCCCCUCCCCCUGCAAUAGACAGGCCCUUAGACCUGAGACUGGCAUCUAGGGCGGGAUCACCCCCAGGCCCCCCCAAAUCCGGAAGACACCUCUUGCAGUGAGUGCAGACACCCCUCCCCUCCCCCUUCAAUAGACAGGCCCUUAGACUAACCCCAGAGACCCCAACUGGCAUCGUAACUUCUGGAGACCCCAGAGAAUCUGGAGGAACCCUCUGAGAGUCAGUGCAGACACCCUGCCCCCUUCCCCUGCAAUAGACAGACUCGCUCCCCAGCCCUAUAACUGUGGGGGACCCAACCCACGGGGCCGAGACCCCAGACCCAGGAGAGAAAGAGAGAGACCCUGAUACUUGGGAAGGGAGGCCUCCUCGCCCGGCAUGGAGGGCAACCUGUCGGGGCUGGUGCCCGCUGCGGGGCUGGUGCCCGCGCUGCCCCCCGCCGUGACUCUGGGGCUGACUGCUGCCUACACCACGCUGUACGGCCUGCUCUUCCUCUCGGUCUAUGCCCAGCUCUGGCUGGUGCUGCUCUACGGGCACAAGCGGCUCAGCUACCAGACGGUCUUCCUGGCGCUGUGCCUGCUCUGGGCCGCCCUGCGUACCACCCUCUUCUCCUUCUACUUCCGCGACACGGCUCGAGCCAACCGCCUGGGCCCCCUGCCCUUCUGGCUGCUCUACUGCUGUCCCGUGUGCCUGCAGUUUUUCACCCUCACCCUCAUGAACCUCUACUUUGCCCAGGUGGUGUUCAAGGCAAAGACAAAGCAGCACCCCGAGAUGAGCCGGGGCCUGCUGGCCGUGCGGGGGGCCUUCGUCGGGGCCUCCCUGCUCUUCCUGCUGGUGAACGUGCUGUGUGCCAUGCUGUCCCGCCGGCGCCGGACGCAGCCCUGGGCCCUGCUGCUGGUGCGCGUGCUGGUGAGCGACUCGCUCUUUGUGAUCUGCGCCCUGUCCCUGGCUGCCUGCCUCUGCCUGGUGGCGCGGCGGGCCCCCUCCACCAGCAUCUACCUGGAGGCCAAGGGGACCAGCGUGUGUCAGGCCGCGGCCAUGGGCGGGGCCAUGGUUCUGCUCUAUGCCAGCCGGGCCUGCUACAACCUGGCGGCCCUGGCGCUGGCCCCCCACAGCCGGCUGGACUCCUUCGACUACGACUGGUACAACGUCUCUGACCAGGCUGACCUGGUGAAUGAUCUGGGGGACAAGGGCUACCUGGUCUUCGGUCUCAUCCUCUUUGUGUGGGAGCUGCUGCCCACCACCCUGCUUGUUGGCUUCUUUCGGGUCCACCGGCCCCCGCAGGACCUGAGCACCAGCCGCAUCAUCAACGGACAGGUCUUCACUUCUCGCUCCUACUUCUUUGACCGGGCCGGACAUUGCGAAGAUGAAGGAGGACCCUGGGAGCACGGCCGGGGAGAGAGCACCAGCCUGUCGGGGAGCCUGGGGGCUGGCAGCUGGUACGGUGCUAUUGGGCGGGAGCCCGGCUGGUGUGUGGGCAGCCAGAGCCGAAGCGCGCCCCUCCUGUUCUCCCAGGUGGCCGGGCCUGCCGGCCACCAUCACCACAGCCUCUACUCCACCCCGCAAACAUGAGCUCCCCGCAGCCUGGGCUAGGGCGGGGCGCCCCUCCUCCAGACGGCCCCUUCUUGCCUUCCUGCCUUCCGCAGCCCUGCCCUCUGCCCUCUGCCCUUUGCCCCUGCCAAGUCUGCAGCUUCUAGUGCUGGGUCCAGCUCCUUAGCUGCUCCUCUCGGAGUGAGCUUCUGCCUCCUGCUGGGGGCGCCACACGGAGCCCGCUACCUCUCUGUGCCUGCUGCUCAAUAAACAGUGCCCGUGCCCCUUGGAA